AUGGAAAACUAUUACUUUCAAAGCUUCAAAGAGAACACAAGAUUCGGGACCAUUAAAGUAAAAUAAGGGAUUAUCAAAUACUUCCCGAAUACUUUGCAAAUCGAGGAUAACUUUAUGGUUACUAGUAACGUAGACAUUCAGAAAUGCUUCUUGCUUGUUAAAAAGAAUCUCAAAGUGUUCAGAGUUAAGGACACUUGCGCUGUAUAGAUUUUAAAUGGUUCUAAGAAGUAUGUCUUCGCCUAUCUCCUCUAUCAAAAUAAACUAUUAAUGAAAAAGAAAAAGAAAAAUGGCUGCAAAUGUAUUGAAUUGAAAGUUCAAGCAAAACCUCAGAUUAUAUAGCUGAAUGAAAUUUUCUAUUUAUUCUGGUUCAAAAAUCUUGCUCAAAUUUAGAUAUUCAACUGCAAGACGAUGGUUAUCGAGCAAAAUAUAUUCUUGGCGAGAAAAGAAAACUGGAUGUAAGUUCAAAAAAUUCAAAAGAAGUCUGAAUUUGUAUACGAGAUAGCGUUCAGAAAUAUCAAGUCUCUCAACUUCUAUGAAAUAGAUCUCCUAAGUUAUCCAUUUUCAUUCUAACUCAAAGAAUCAGUUUAGAUAAUGAAAGACAAUAAUAGGCUCACACAUUUAUCACUAAUUAACAAAAAUCAUAUCUGCAACAUUUUGAAUGACUACAAUUGCAAUAACCAUCUAGAUGUGCAGAUAAUUAGCAGAUCGAAUCUCUAGCUUCAUCAGGAAGUAUAGUAGCAACUAGAACACAAAAUAUUAAUAUCCAGUGAAGAUAAAAUAUAGUUGCUCAAUCAGAAAUAUGUAAAGAUGGGUGAUUAACCAAUUCUUAUAAAACUAACUCAAAAUAAAAUUGGAAUAUUAACAAAUAUAAAAGAGUAAAAAUUCGACUUCGACCUAUUUAAGAAACUUAAUUCAAUCAACGAUAUUAUAAGUCAUAGCAAAAAUAGUGGAAUCUGCUCGCAGGAAUACGGCAGCAACUAUUUGAUUUAUAUCAUUAGAAAACUGGAUGAUGGCAGAUGCAAUAUCUGGUUUGUGAAAAUACCGAGGAAAGUAAUUCAAAAUAUUUAGAAAGAAAUGAAUUAACCAAGAAAUUUAGAUGCUCUUGAUUGA